AUGGUUGGCUUCUUAGUCUUCAUAUUCUCUGCCGUUUCCGCCAAACAAUGUGCCGUCCCAGUCCAGGAGAUCGGUUCGAUGAAACCGUCGUUCGGAGGAAUCGACGGAUUCUUGAGUAUCGCCAAAGUAAUGUCGGACGGACUACAAAGCUCUUCGGACCCGGAGUCUUACAAAGUAAGUGGAGAGCACUUUUUUCUGCUGAAGUAAUGUUUUUCAGGAUCUGUUUGACUUGCUCUUCGGCGGAAAUGCUUCAUUCACUCAGAUCUUCACGGGUUUGUUAGCUACCCAGAUCGGAGCGAUUAUCUUCUGGAGCAUCGGUUUCAUUUUGGUUCUUGCCGCGAUUGUUCUCGGCAUCGCCGCGUGUAUCUGGCAGUGUUGUCGCACGUGUGCUCCCAAACAAGAGGUACUCUGUCUUACUCUAAGACCAUGAACGCUUUUCAUUUCAGUCUGUUCGCUCGAAAAACACCGGAUACAUCUUUGCUUUUCUUCUUUUCACGAUCUUCGUGUUCGUUCUAACCGGCGUUAUUCUGUUCAAUGUCGCCCAAACCGAACUGACGAAUUCGAUCGAUGAUGCGAUUAUUUACAUUGAAGAGAUAUCCACGGGUACUCUAGUUGUCUGAUUUCAGUCUAUCAUAAGUUUACUUGAAGAUAUGAGCAACACACUCGUCGACGGAACGGACCAGCUGGUGUGCGAAGUGGGAAGGACCGCGUCGACGACUCUCGGGCGGAUAGACAAACUCAUCCAGAGCUAUUCCAAAAUUGUGGUCGACGGAACGAGAGAUCGAGUCGGAGUGACUGCAGUCGACCAGGUGACGGACAAUACUCCAACGCGUUCUCAUUUCGAUAGUUUCAGUUUGACGAUCAAGCAUUCAGUGCUCAAAACACCGAAACAUCAAACGAUGCGGACAAGUUGGCAGGCGAGUUGCAAAUGUUAACUUCAACUGGGCAGACGUGCACGGAUAGCAUGACUUUGUUGUUUCACCAAUACGCGGGUGUUAAAGCCACGUUGGCCGUAAGUUCUGUCUCCUCUUGCUCAUUGCCUGCUCACUUGUUUUUAAGGGGUUAUCGGCUGCGGCAACCGGAGUAAGGAGCUCCAAAGAACUCUCUGACAUUAACACGGAAACGGACACAAUCAAGAAGAACAUUCAAACUCAGGCGGACGAGGUAUCGAACACGAUCAGAAGUGCGCAAACUAACAUCACCAACACGACAGGCUCUAUCUCGAAUAUGUUGAAUGAUGGGAAGCGCCAAUUCGACACGGUCUUACAGAAUCUGGAAACACAGCACCGUGAACUCAUGAGUGUGAGUGAAUCCAAUGUUUGGAUCAUAGCUCAUCAUGAAACACAACUUUCAGUCGAGUAGCUACAAGAUCACCAACAUCACAUUCCGCGUCUCAGUCACAGUUCCCGGCGCUCUCGGAUGCAUCUUUUGCAUCGUCGCAAUCGCCGCCAUUAUUCUUUCUCAGAAGAAACCGGACGGUGUUGCGCAGAAGAUGGCUUCAGGAGUGCUCACCACUUUCCACACCACAAUCUCUCUUUCUGUCACUCUUCUCCUUUUCUCAAGUUUGGCAUUUGUCGGCGGAUGGUUCUUUUCUGCGAUUUGUGUUCCGAUCUUUGAAGAUCCGAACUAUCACUUCUUCCAUCUGCUGAAUCAGACGCUUGCGAGCAGCGACAACUCAACUCCCAACGUCGUCAACAUCGGAGAACUUCUCGAGACGUGCAGCUCUCCGUCCGGCACCAUCUACAAGGCCAUCAAUGGAUCCAAAAUCAUUUUAGGUAUCUGAAUUACCUACCUAUUCUUCCAAUUGAAUCCGUUCCAGUUGAUUCGAUAUCUGAAAAACUGAAACUGAAUAUUUUCCGUGACGAGGCGAACAAGCAGAUUCUGAGUCAGCCAAAUAGACAGUUCCCGCUCGACGCCACGUGGCAGGUAUGAACUAAUGCAAUGAGAAUAUGAUAAGUUUGAGACUCAUUACAGACUCGUGUCAAAGAUUUGCAAGAUCAUCUCACAAAAUCCAAAAACGCUCCAGUGUCCAGCUGUAAUUCCGCCAGCGCUGACUUAGCUUAUUACGCUUACAUUAAGUGCGUUCUUAAGUGCGUUCUCUCCUGAUCCUCUAAUGUUCUUUUCCAGAAAUCUCGAGCUCACUGUGCAACAGUCUAACGAUUUCUAUAAAAACUUGAAGAAGUUGAAUGAGAAUGCUCCCAAAAUUGUUAGUCCCUACCGGAAUCGCUCCUUUUAUUCAUUGAUUUCAGACCAAAAUUGCCAGUGUUCUGAACAACAAGCAGUUUGACGAAGGAGACCGGCAGAUCAAUGAAACCAUUGUUCAGCUCAAGGUGACCAUCUCCCGUCCUUUUUUUACUGAUCUCAUCUUCUUCAGACCGACCUGAAUGAGAAGUUCUUCAAGUGCCGUCCACUCGUCAAAAUCUUCGACAAUGCCGGUUUCCUGUUGUGCGAGCAAUUCGGCAAACCAGUUCAUGGAAUGUGGGCGUCGAUCGGACUCGCCGGAAUCUGCAUGUUCUCCCUCUCGAUUCUUCUUCUGCUCACCUUCCGAUGGCUCAAGAAGAAGGACAAGAACACGUCGUCAAAAGAAGAGAAGAGCCCUUUGAAAGAAGAGAAAAGUCCGUCGAAAGAAGAGAAGGGCCAAUCGCCUGCGAGCAGUAAGGAAGACAAGAAGAAGGAUGCUAGUGCCGAACAAAUAAACAGUAAAUCUGAUUAA